AUGGUAUUGGCUCCCAGUGUUCAGCGUGUAAUUAAUAGAGCAAUUGAGUUUGAUAAUGCAAACCUGCCCAUCAUUAGUUAUUAUCUGAGACUUUAUUCAAUUGAACAGAUUUUGCGCUUAUCUGAUCGUGGUGAUGAGGAAAAUAUAAAAUGUGGUGAAUUAUUAGAUACUAUUGAGACCUUUAAAAAAGAAAUCAAUGAUACAGAACAUGAUAAUGAAGGUUUAACAAUAUUGGUUAACGACCAAUCAAAGGCAAGAAUAUAUUUGAUAAAUUUCACUAUUUCACUGUAUAAUAAGUUAUUGGGGCAAAUUAAAGAAGGACCCUGGGAUAAUGAUUUGAAAAAUGGUCUUUGGUGUUCAAUUGACUUAUUUAAUUCAAUUAUGCAUUUAUGGCAAAAAGAUCUUAAUGAAGAAACAGAAGGGGCAUUAAAGAAACGUACCAAAAUUUGUAAAUUAUAUAUUAGUAAGCUUGCUAAAGGGGAAUUAGGUGCGCCAAGUAAGUCAGAUGAAAUAGAAACGAAAAGUGUUACAGCUACAAUUAAAGAAAAUAGUAUGGAUAAAGAUCAAAAUUUAGCUGAUAUGGAUAAAGAGACUCCAGAAAUCAAUCAAAAUAAUGAUGAAGCAUCCAUCGAAAAUUUAAAAUUCAAUGGUAAUGCUGAUAUAAGUGAUCAGAGUGAUCAAAGUGAUAACGAUGCUGAUGUUAAUGAAGAGCAAGAUGAAAAUGAGAGUGAACCGCCAACAUUUUUACCAGAUACCCCAUCGUUUGAUCCGACUGAAGCAAAAUUGGAUCAUGAAAAUGAUUCAGAUAUAAAGGAUGGUCCGAAUGAAUUUAAUUUUAAAGAACAUAUAUCUGGUAUUAGCAAUGAUGAAAAUGAUGAAAGUGUAGACAGUGAAGCUAUAUCACAUACUGAUAUAUCUCUACCAGUUGCACCUUCAUCUGUGCCAACAUUUAUCGAUGAAAACGCGGAUGAUAUCGAUGAUGAAGCUCUGAGAAAGUUAAGGGAGCAAGCUCUUCGUGUAACACAAAAUGACAGUGAUAGUAGUAGUGACGAUGUUGAUGAAGUGUCCGAUGAUAAUGAUGAAACUAAUAUUUCCUCCAGAAAUGAUACAAAGAAAGAAGAGGAGUUAGUUCAUCCAGUAUUGACUAAAGAAGAUAUGGAACAUAUGAUGGAUCGUGCUAGCAAGAUUGAAAGGGUUCAAAGGUUGGCCAAGUACGUUGUCAGUGCAUUAAACUACGAAGACAUUCCUACUGCUAAAGAUGAAUUAAAACGAGCAUUGGCAAUAUUGGACGCUCUAUGA